CGGGUGAGCGCGGUAGUAGCAACAGUGCUAGGGCUGGCAACUGUUUACGAUACGUGAACUUUUCAAGAGAUUGUGCUAUUAGUAAUUUCUAUACUCCUUAAAAAAUAGCAAAACAAUUGUUAGUUAAGUUGUGAAGUUUGGACAUUUAUUUAAUAUUUUUAUGUGGAAAGUUCUUGUUUUUCAAGUGCACUGGAAUAACUUUCAUUGUAUGUGUUAUUUAUAGACUUGGAUGAAUUAUACAGAUAAUGCAGUAUGGAGGAUUACAACGACACACUGUUCCUCCUGAACGAGACAGAGGUUUACCUGCCGUACUCGCAGAGGGUUGAGACGUACGUCGUGCCCAUACUGUUUGCGUUCAUCUUUAUCAUUGGAGUGCUGGGAAAUGGCGCGCUAGUUGCAGUCUUCAUUAGACACAAGGCGAUGAGAAAUGUGCCUAACACGUACAUUCUGUCGUUGGCACUCGCAGAUCUUCUGGUGAUUGUGACCUGUGUGCCGUUCACUUCGAUCGUGUAUACGGUGGAGUCAUGGCCCUGGGGUGCCACCGUCUGCCGUCUCUCGGAGGCCGCUAAGGACGUGAGCAUUGGUGUCUCCGUGUUCACCCUUACAGCACUCUCAGCUGACAGAUACUUUGCCAUCGUUGACCCAUUUAGGAAACUACAUGCUUCAGGUGGAAGUAAGCGAGCAACUCGUUUAACCGUGGCCGCAGCUAUCGGUAUAUGGGUUCUGGCGGCUGCUCUUGCGAUGCCAGCCUACAUUGGUUCCUAUGUCAGAGAAUUUGUCGUCAGUCCCACCAAGAAGUUCCUCGUAUGCUAUCCGUACCCAGUGGAAUGGGGCGAAGAGUACGCACGUCUGGUCGUGUUACUGAAGUUCCUGAUUUACUACUCGAUGCCACUUGCGGUGAUUGCGCUGUUCUACGUUCUUAUGGCAAGACAUCUAGUGCUCAGUACUCAGAACAUGCCGGGAGAGAUGCAAGGAACGCAGAGACAGAUGCGAGCCAGAAGAAAAGUGGCAUUAACAGUUCUUGCGUUCGUGUUGGUUUUCGCAGCGUGCUUCUUGCCUACCCAUGUCUUUAUGAUGUGGUUCUAUUAUUGUCCAACAGCGGAAGAAGACUUUAACGCAUGGUGGUCUGCUCUACGGAUUGUCGGGUUCUGCCUAUCUUUCCUCAACAGCUGUGUCAAUCCUGUUGCGCUGUACUGCACAAGCGGAAUAUUUCGGAAGCAUUUUAAUAGAUACCUGUUCUGCCGAUCUACACCUCCCCAUGGUACUCGAAGCUCCAUGUCAUUAUCAACAUCCAGACGAUUGAACUCUAGCAGGAAGACCAAUGUCAGCAUGAUGCCCAGAACGACAAGUAUUGGUCGGGAGAGCAGCGUUCGGUUACUGAACAACGGAUCAUUGAAGCCUUGAGACAGAACUUGUUCGCGAACAUUUGCGAACAUUUAUGAGCUAGACAAGAUGUAGUGUGAAACAAACUGAAGAUAAAUGAUAAUUUUGAGUGGAAAUUUUGGACGAAAUAAUGACGGUUUCUGUUUUAUCACAAUACGAAUAUCAUUCUAGAAUAUGUAUUACUAUCUAGUAUUGUCAUAAAUACUGAAACAAAGAAAAAAAAAUUUUCUAUUGCAAAUAACUUUUAUUACUUUUUCAGUGUGUUAGUUUAAUACAUAAAUAUAAAACAAUUAAAGAUAUAAAAAGCUUAUUCGAAGUGGUGUCCAUCGGCUGCAAUACAGUCCUAUAAACGUUGAGGCUAGUUAUCAAUAGAAGCACGCACUACUUCCAUGGGAAAAUUAUUCACUGCCAAUCGUACGGAUUGUUUUAGUGACUCAAAAUUAUCAUGGCGCUUAGAGCAAGCCGCACUCUCUAAAACUGACCAUAAAUCAUAAUCCAGCGGAUUAAGAUCGGGAAUGGACGAGUCUCUCAGUCUUCAGCUCUGAUGAAGUUCAAGACGUCCGUUUCCAACCAAAACCGAGCGCCGAGUCUUGCUGGAAGGACCAUUCUUGGUAAUUGAAUAUGGUGUUGUUAAGGCUUCACUAUCUUCCCAAGAAUGGUAUCUUGAUACACUUGUGCCGAUGUUUUGAUACCUUUUUCACAAAAGUAUGGCUCAGUCACUCCUUCAUAGCUAAUACCCCACCAAACUACAGGACACCCCCUUGUUUGUCGUCCUAUGCCAUAAAAAAAACUCCAUUUUAAUAUCGCAAAAUAGUGUACAAUGUAUUGGCGCCAAAAUGAGAAAACUCAAUGAACAAUAAUAUAAAAAUGACAGAUUCCAAAUUCAAAUGUAAUAUUUUGUUUAUUUUUAAUUCCUACAGUAUUUAUGGCCAGACUAAGUAUUUGCUUACAUAAAAGUUGUUUUUUAGUUUGAUAAUAAAAAUUCUAUAAAAAUUGAAACUAAUAAGCUCCACAUGCUCCCAGUAAUUUUACUAAUAAACGAACUGGCUUUUAUUAUACAAUUUAAUAACCUAUAGUCAUUUUCAUCCAUCAAUCGGGCUUAUUCUAGUUUCGAAUACUAAGGAGAGGAAAAUAGAAGAAUUAGUGAUCAUGUAAAUAAAUUAUAUUUAAAUGUGUAUUUUAUACUUAACGACACUUAUAUUUGUAAAGGCGGUUCACAACCUCGUCUAAAACCAUGAACAAUACCCAAAACAUUUAUAAUAAAAAAAUAGUUCUUGACUUUAAAAACACGCCGUAAAU